AUGUUCAUUCAUCAAAAAUGGUCUUCACUAAAAUUGUUCGACGUGAUUCUGGGUUCUUUUGAAGUUGAAGAUGAAAAUGAAAUUUCUCAUUUCCUCGUUUCAUCCGUUUCAUCCAUUUUAUCAUUAUCAUCAUUGGAAAAUACCCUAAUACUAGUAACGCACGAAAAUCAUACCAAAAAAUUUAUCGAAUUUAAUCUUAAAUUUGAACAAACACGAAAAGGUGAUAAAUUGCCCCUCGAGGAAUAUUUAAAGCCUAUUCCCUUUGAAAAAAGAAUAAUUCCUUAUUAUGGACGCAAAUUCACAUUUACUCCAAGUGAAAAAGAAAAUUCUUCUGUAAUGGAUCGAGAUGGAAAUGGAGAUCAAGGAAUCUUUCUUCGGGCGUUGCUUGAUGGAACCUUGAUUCCCUCUGGAGAAAUAGUGGUCAUACUUAUGCCUAUUAUUGAUCAUAUACCAAUCGAUAAUGAAUCAAAUGAAAAAUUAAAGAAAAUAUUACAUAAUUUUAAUGCACCUAUAAGAUAUGCUUUCGCUUAUGGCAGUGGAGUUUUUUCCCAAAAAGGAUAUGAUGAAAAACCAAUGGUAGAUUUCAUCUUUGCAGUUAGUUAUCCACAACAUUGGCAUUCUUUAAAUCUAAAACAAAAUAAAAAUCAUUAUUCUUUCAUAAGAAGUUUGGGAAGUAGAGCAAUAUCUUCAUUACAAGAAAAUGUUGGUGCUAGUGUUUAUUUUAAUCCUUAUGUACAAAUGGAUGAUAUGAUUAAAAUAUUAAGAGAUGAUGCACGAGUACGUUUGGCACAACAAGUGAAUUUAUCUAAUUCCUUAAGAACAGCUUUACUUUUGCUUCCUAAAGAUUUCACCGAAGAACAGCUUUAUUUAACAAUUGCUGCAAUAUCUUUUAAAGGAGAUUUUCGUAAAUUUGUUGGAGAAAAUCCCAAUAAAAUAAAAAAUGUUGUUUCUACUCAAAUUAAUAAUUUUAAUUUAUUAUACUCCAGUCUUAUUAAUGCAUUACCAAAUGUAACAUUUAUUGAUGAUAAUAAUUUGCAGCAAGAUGAUAGUCCAAAAGCUCGAGCUCAAAUGAUUCAAAAAUUACCUCGAAUAUUGAAAAAUAAAAUUCAAGAAGAAUAUAAAAUGGCAAUGAUUAGAAAAGGGAUAUCCUUUCCUUCAGAUGAAAAAGAAAUAAUUAAGAACAUUGCAUCUUCUGAAGAUUAUUCAAAGUAUAUUGAGACAGGAUUGGGAGAAAUAAUAUUUUGGCCUGCAAUAACUCAAAGUCUGAAAGGUAUCUUAACUGCAGGAAUGUUUAAAAGUGGAAAAUAUAUUUCAAGUAAACUUGGAAAAUGGAUGUUUGGAAAAUGA